GCUCCUCUUAGCUCCGCUCCUGCUGGUGUCCUCCACUCGCGCUUUCCCGCUCUCGUCGGGGCCUCCCGUGCUUCUGCCGCCUGUGCCGCCCCGCGCCGCUUGUAGCCCCGCGCGCAACCAUGCCCAACAUCGUGCUCUUCAGCGGCAGCUCGCACCAGGACCUGUCCCAGCGCGUGGCCGACCGGCUCGGCCUGGAGCUGGGCAAGGUGGUCACCAAGAAGUUCAGCAACCAGGAGACCAGCGUGGAGAUUGGCGAAAGCGUGAGGGGGGAGGAUGUGUACAUCAUCCAGAGUGGCUGCGGCGAAAUCAACGACAACCUGAUGGAGCUGCUCAUCAUGAUCAACGCCUGCAAGAUCGCCUCCUCCUCCAGGGUGACCGCCGUGAUCCCAUGCUUCCCCUACGCCCGGCAAGACAAAAAGGACAAGAGUCGUGCUCCGAUUUCAGCAAAACUUGUGGCCAAUAUGCUGUCGGUGGCUGGGGCAGAUCACAUCAUCACCAUGGACCUGCAUGCCUCUCAGAUCCAGGGCUUCUUUGAUAUCCCCGUGGACAACUUGUACGCGGAGCCCGCGGUCCUGCAGUGGAUUCGGGAGAACAUCGCCGAGUGGAGGAACUGCAUCAUCGUUUCCCCUGAUGCCGGCGGCGCCAAAAGGGUCACGUCAAUUGCAGACAGGUUGAAUGUGGAGUUUGCCUUGAUUCACAAGGAGAGGAAGAAGGCGAAUGAAGUGGACCGGAUGGUCCUGGUGGGCGACGUGAAGGACCGAGUGGCCAUCCUUGUGGAUGACAUGGCUGACACGUGUGGCACCAUCUGCCAUGCUGCAGACAAGCUACUCUCUGCCGGAGCCACCAAAGUAUAUGCUAUCCUUACCCAUGGGAUCUUCUCUGGGCCAGCUAUUUCCAGAAUAAAUAAUGCCGCCUUUGAGGCUGUUGUUGUCACCAACACCAUUCCACAAGAGGACAAAAUGAAGCACUGCUCCAAGAUUCAGGUUAUCGACAUUUCGAUGAUCUUGGCCGAGGCCAUCCGCAGGACCCACAACGGCGAAUCUGUGUCUUACCUGUUCAGCCACGUCCCGCUCUAAGGCCAGGAUGGGAGGUGUGGAGCAAGCCUGAGCUGGCUUCUGACUCGCGUGCAUUUGUCUGAUGUUUUCUUUAGCUUUAGAACUGAGUAGUUAUAUUAAUGCAGAAGCAUCAGAACUUUGUGUGCUCCCCAGCCCAGUGUUUCUCCUUCUAAAGCUCUUGACCGUUGAUUUCCAGUUUGCUGGGGAGGGCGGUGGUUUAUUUGAUCUUUAAGUGCACAGCCUUCAAUGAGAAGUAUUUUUGUCGUCUUGACCUGUUCUGAUAGGUGACCUUUUCCUUUGUUCUGGCAGUACUUGGAGGCCACAACUUAAGUGCAUGUUGCCAUUCUGGAAGUUCAUAGUUUAUGUGUUUCGGGGUUGCCAAAGGUCACGUCAGAUUAAAGCCUCUGUGUAAAUAUAAAAUGACAAUGCCUAUGGACAUUCGGAUAACACCUUGUAGAGAAUUAGCCUUUUACUUCUGAGUCAACCUUUAGAAAAUGUGUAAUACCCUGAGUGUUGAAUAUUUGUUUCAGUGAUCAGGUUUCCAAUAAACCCUUUGGGCCAUUGUGCUGAAUUUAGACCAAAUUUUAUGUAGCUGAAGGUGGCCACUGACACAUCGAUUUUGGGUAAACAUUAGACCUAUCAGAGGCAGUGUAAUUCAGAAUUUUUUCUGUGGCCACUUUUGAAAAACAUGACUAUCACUUACGUGCAAUAUCAUGUUCUCGAACUCCAAAAUUGUGUUCAGCGGUAGAUCUGAUUGAGGAACUGUUUUGAGAUAGUCUCCAAGUUCACUGUCACAUUCACGCUCUUCUGUGCCCAUCCCAGAUGCACCUCGUGUCCUGCCAUCGUGGUUUUUUAUGUCCCUUUUUUAGCUCUUGCUUUUACUUUGCCUUUUUUCCAGUGGUUUCAUGUUGCGGGUUUCCACUUCUUAAAGUCCCCACCCAUUGACUAGUCCGAUCACUGUUUUGCUUUUAACAAAAUAAAAAGGUGAACUUU